AUGGCGAAAACGAAACUGCCGACGAUGAAGCGGACGAUGAAGCGGGGGCUGAGGCGGGUUGCCGUGCUGCUGAUUCUCUUCAUUGCGGUCACAAAUCUUUUGUACCUCAGCUUUGACAUCGCUGACGAUGAUGGUGCACCGGGACCCAACAACCUCCGCCACCUGCGUGCCGCCGCAGUGGACGACGCAGCACUUGCUUACAUCCCACGCCGUGUUGUGGACACGUGGAGCAGGCGGGAGUAUCUGAUUGUGCUGGGCAUCCACUCCACGGACGACGAGGCGAGGCGAAGACGGCGCAACCUGCAGCGGUCGACGUGCUGGCGUUUCCCCGGAGUGGCGACGAGGGCGAACGACUUCACCGGUGCGAUGCUUGUGCUGUACGUCCUUGGGCGACACCCAUCGCACGGCUACGACUACUCUGCCGCGCUGCUGGAGGAGGCGUCGCAGUGGAACGAUGUGGUUGCGCUGCCAAUGAACGAGGGCCGUGUGACGACAAACAAAACAAUUGGUUCCUAUGGUUCUUGGGGCGACGAGGCAAAUGUCGGUAUUGGCCGCAAGACGUACAUGUGGUUUGACCUUGCUCACCGCCUGUUCCCGAACGCGAGUUACAUUGCGAAGGGCGAUGACGACAUUUUCCUCCGUGUGCCGCUGUUCGUUGCUCACCUGCGCCUCCUGCCGCGUCGAGGGAUCUACAUGGGCGUCCACAUUGGUACAUCCAGUUUUGAGGAUAAGGGCUUACCGGGCAGCACAUUUAUGGUUGGCUGGUGCUACACCUUGUCGAGGGAUGUGGCGGAGGCGUUGGUGUCUUACAAGCCACUGCGGCGCCUGGCGUACCUGCCGUACAGCAAGGAGCGUGAUCACGAGUUUGCACUGCUGCGGUUUCACUACGAGGACAACAUGGUCGGCUGGGUACUUGAGAAGGAAGUGAAGUACAAGCCGAUGGUAUACGUCAAGGUGCUGGGUUGUCAUUUCCAUGACGCUCGCAAUAGCACGGGGCACUCGCAGGUGGUGCCGACCUCAAUGUGUGUCCAUCACGUGCUGGAGGACGACUACGCUGCGCUGAUGGCGCGCUUCGGCAACGACACAUCGCCUGUCGCCCGUGUGGAACGUGUCUCCGACGACACGAUAUACCCGUCGUGCGAUUGA